UCACGGAGCGAGAGGCGCGAGCGACACGUGACACCGCGGCGAGAGCGUCGGGAUAAAGGAGCGCGUCCUCGCCGCCGUGCGUCUUACCGGACUUGUUGCCGCGGACGAUCACCUGCCUUACCUGUCCCACCCGCCGGAGCCCGGAGCGUCGCGUCCCGCCAGCAGCGUCCCCAGGCUGAUCCGGUUCCAGUCUGCUAGAAGAGGAUGAUGAGGAUGAAGAUGAGUGCGCUGUGUGGCUUCGUCCUGACGACUCUGCUCGUCCUCGCCUCCGCACGACCCAAAGCAGCAGGAGCCCAAAGUCCCGGAGGACGAGGCCCAGCUGGUCCGGAGCAGAAGUGUAAGUCCGGUCCGGUGGAUCUGGUCUUCCUCAUCGACAGCUCCCGAAGCGUCCGGCCACAUGAGUUCGAGACCAUGAGGAAGUUCAUGAUCGACAUCCUCAGCACCUUAGACAUUGGACUCAACGCCACCAGGGUGGGAGUGGUUCAGUACUCCAGCCAGGUGCGCAGCGAGUUCUCCUUGAAGACACACCCCGGGCUGGACGCCAUGGUGAAGGGCAUCAAUGAGAUCAUCCCCCUCGCUCAGGGGACCAUGACCGGACUCGCCAUCAAAUAUGUGAUGAACUCGGCUUUCAUAGACGAGGAGGGAGACCGGCCGAAGGUGCCGAACGUGGCCGUGAUCGUGACAGACGGGCGUCCUCAGGACCGCGUGGCGGAGGUGGCGGCCGAGGCCAGAGGGAAAGGCAUCGAGAUCUAUGCCGUGGGCGUGGCAAGGGCCGACAUGGCGUCGCUAAGGGCCAUGGCGUCGCCACCCUUUGAGGACCAUGUCUUCCUGGUGGAGUCCUUCGACCUCAUCCACCAAUUCGGGCUGCAGUUCCAGGACAAGCUCUGCGGCGUCGAUCUGUGCUUGGAGUCGGAACACAGCUGUGAGCACAUCUGUGAGAGCUCUCCGGGCUCCUUCCACUGCCUCUGUCUGCCCGGCUACACCCUGCGGGAGGACGGGAAGACGUGCGCAGCCAUCGAUCUGUGUGCUGAGGAGAGACACGACUGUGAGCAGAUCUGCGUCACUUCUCCCGGUUCUUUCACCUGCGACUGUAACAAAGGCUUCAAACUAGACGAGGACAAGAAGUCGUGCACAAUGAUCGACUACUGUUCCUUCGGGAACCACAGUUGCGAUCACGAGUGCGAGGGCGUUCUCAACGGCUACUUCUGCCGCUGUCACCAAGGAUACAGGCUGCUGGACGCCAAGCGCUGCGAGGCCAUCGACCUGUGCGCUGAGGAGAAACACAACUGUGAGCAGAUCUGUUUCAGCGCACCAGGCGUCUUCACUUGCGACUGCAAUGAAGGCUUCAAGCUGAAUGAGGACAAGAAGACGUGCACACCCAUCGACCUUUGCGCUGAGGGGAAAGACGACUGUGAGCAGAUCUGCGUCAGUGCGCGAGGCGUCUUUACCUGCGACUGCAAUGAAGGCUUCAAGCUGAAUGAGGACAGGAAGACGUGCACAAACAUGGACCUGUGCAGCAGCGUGCAGCACGGCUGUGAGCAUCAGUGCGUGAGCACCCCGGGGAGCUUCUACUGCGUCUGUCCCGAGGGACAGCUGCUGCAGGAGGACGGCCAGAGCUGUGGCAGCUGUAAGUCAGCGAACAUCGACCUGGUUCUCCUCAUCGACGGAUCCAAGAGCGUCAGGCCUCAGAACUUUGAGCUGGUCAAGAAGUUUGUCAACCAGGUGGUGGACUCUCUGGACGUGUCAGCUCAGGGUACCAGGGUGGGUCUGGUCCAGUACUCGUCUAGGGUUCGGACCGAGUUCCCUCUCAACAGGCACCACACUGCUGAUGAGAUCAAAGCUGCCGUCAUGAAGGUGGACUACAUGGAGAAAGGCACCAUGACGGGUCUGGCCCUGAAGCACAUGCUGGAGACCAGCUUCUCGGAGGCCGAGGGAGCUCGACCCGCCGACCGCAACAUCCCCCGAGUCGGGCUGGUCUUCACAGACGGACGCUCGCAGGACGACAUCACGGAGUUUGCCAAGAAGGCCAAAGAGGCCGGUAUCACCAUGUACGCCGUGGGCGUCGGCAAAGCCGUGGAGGACGAACUGCGUGAGAUCGCCUCGGAGCCGCUGGAGAAACAUUUCUACUACACCACCGACUUCAGCGCCAUCAGCACCAUCGCCGAGAACCUGAAACUCAACGUGUGCCCAGCGGAGAGUCAGGGAAAGAUCGAGGUGAAGGACCCGUGUGCCUGUGAGAGCCUGGUGGAGUUCCAGCAGGCCACCAUGAGCAGCCUGGAGCAGCUCACCAGCAAACUGUCGGCCAUGACGGCUCGUCUGGAGCAACUGGAGAACCAGCUUCUCUCCAGGAAGUGAUCGCAUCCUCAUCAACAUCACACAGGAAGCGGAACGGAGCGAGGAAGAGGAGGGCACAUCACAAACAAAUUGACCAGAACCUUCAGGGUCUUCAGUCGGUCGUCUAGAAGAAAACCUUCAUGUGAAGCCAGGAUCACACUAAAGCAUCAACAACUCAUUAAAACGGGACCAGCGUGUACGACUGCUGUUAUAACUGGUGUUAUUAAUAACAUGUUAUAACAUCAAUUCUACAUGUAGGAUGCAUCUGCUGUUAUAACUGGUGUCAUUAAUAUCUGAUGUUAUUAAUAACCGGUGUCAUUAAUAACCGGUGUCACUCUCUUGAACUGGACACCAUGCGAGCACCUCGUCACCAUCAGCGCUGUGUUUACACCGGAUCUCCUCGGGUGUUUGAUGUGAUUUCUUUGUAGCAGAUUGUUUCUCUGUUUAUUUGAAACAGAGAAAACCAUUUUAAUAAAGAUUAACGUAUCGGUACCACUGAUCUGACUGACGAAGAGGAGAGUUUAUGUUUCAAACUAUAAGGGAAGUUAAGUCGUUGGUCACCACUGAAUAUGGUCUCACUCUCUCUCUUAAAUCUCAUUUGUUCUCCACGGCACUUAUCAUAGUCGGACGUGUUAAAGAAUAAAUCUAUAUAAGAAUUAAAAAGUGGUCCUUCAUCAUCAUCGUCACUUCAGACUGAUUAUAUUGAUCAUUUGGUUUCUCGCUUGUAGUUUUGUAGAAACAAACGGAAGCUGAAGACCACACACACACACACACAUAUAUAUAUAUAUAUAUAUAUAUAUAUAUAUACAUACACACUCUUUAUAUUUGAACUCUUGUAUGUUUUUGUACCUCCUUUGUAUAUUUCUCUGAUGGGUCUCUGUAUUGCAGCACAGACGACAAUAAAAGAGUAAACUUUUCA